CAUUUUCAUCACACUCAACUAACUUUAGUUAUUGAGAGAAACAAACAAAAAACUUAGAAAAGAGAGAGAGAUGGAAGGUUCUUGUAAUAACCGUUGCCCUUUCCGCAUUGUUUUUCUUAUUUUAGUAGCCUUCACUACUUCUUCAUUCAUGGAGUCAGUUUCGGCGGCAAGGCCAACUGCCGGAAAUACACAUACAGAGUUUAUAAGAACAUCUUGUAAGUCAACAACUUAUCCAAACCUCUGUUUCAGCUCAUUAUCAGGACGUGCAAGUGCCAUUGGAGCUUCCCCUCAACUUAUGGCCCAUGAAUCCCUCACCGUCAGCCUUGUAACAGCCCUAUCGACAUCUGCCAUGAUGGUGAAGGUGGCACACGGCCAAGGCAUGACGCGGAGAGAGGUCGGCGCCAUGCGCGACUGUGUGGAGGAACUAAGUGACGCAGUCGCGGAACUGAGAAAAUCUUUGGGGGAAAUGAAGGAGCUGAGGGGCGAAGAUUUUGACCUUAAAAUGAAUGAUAUUCAAACGUGGGUGAGUGCUGCCUUGACGGAUGAGGAUACAUGCACUGAGGGGUUUGGUGGAAAAGUCAUGAACGGGAAAGUUAAGACUGUUAUAAGGGGAAAGAUUCUGAAAGUUGCACAUAUGACAAGCAAUGCCUUAGCUUUGAUCAACAGCCUUGCGGCCCUCCACGGCUAAAGCAAAAGGUCAAUUACAACGUAUAUAGCGUUAUUACCCGUCUUUCACAAAGUGUACUUAAUUAGUUCUGUCUUUGUUGAUCCCUGCAGAAGCAGGGCGUCAGCUUAAGGUGAUUGUGUUAUAUGAGUCUGCUCCAUAUGCAUUUAUAGAAAAUUUAAGUUUUGUGUAUGAUGAUA